AUGUGUGACGGCGCCCUGCUGCCUCCUCUCGUCCUGCCCUUGCUGCUGCUGCUGGUUUGGGGACUGGACCCGGGCGCAGCUGUCGGCGACGCGGCGGCCGACGUGGAGGUGGUGCUCCCGUGGCGGGUGCGCCCAGACGACGUGCACCUGCCACCGCUGCCCGGAGGUCCCGGACCCCGACGGCGGCGGCGCCCCCGCGCGCCCCCGGCAGCCCCGCGCACCCGGCCAGGAGAGCGCGCCCUGCUGCUGCACCUGCCGGCCUUCGGGCGCGACCUGUACCUGCAGCUGCGCCGCGACCUGCGCUUCCUGUCCCGAGGCUUUGAGGUGGAGGAGGCGGGCGCAGCCGGGCGACGCGGACGCCCCGCCGAUCUGUGCUUCUACUCGGGACGCGUGCUGGGCCACCCGGGCUCCCUCGUCUCGCUCAGCGCUUGCGGCGCCGCCGGCGGCCUGGUUGGCCUCAUCCAGCUUGGGCAGGAGCAGGUGCUAAUCCAGCCCCUGAACAGCUCCCAGGGCCCGUUCAGCGGACGCGAGCAUCUGAUCAGGCGCAAAUGGUCCCUGAAACGCAGCCCAUCUGCCGAGGCCCAGACACCUGGGCAGCUCUGCAAGGUCCUAACAGAAAAGAAGAAGCUGAGGAGGGGCAGGCUGUCGCGCGACUGGCGGGAGAGGAGGAACGCCAUCCAGCUCACCAAUGAGCACACGGUAGAGACCCUGGUGGUGGCCGACGCGGACAUGGUGCAGUACCACGGGGCGGAGGCUGCCCAGAGGUUCAUCCUCACCGUCAUGAACAUGGUAUACAAUAUGUUUCAGCACCAGAGCCUUGGAAUUAAAAUUAAUAUUCAAGUUACCAAGCUUGUCCUGCUACGUCAACGUCCCGCCAGGUUGUCCAUCGGGCAUCACGGUGAGCGGUCCCUGGAGAGCUUCUGCCACUGGCAGAACGAGGAAUAUGGCGGAGCACGGUACCUUGGCAACAACCAGGUUCCAGGUGGGAAGGAUGACACGCCCCCCGUGGAUGCUGCUGUGUUUGUGACCAGGACAGAUUUCUGCGUACACAAAGAUGAGCCGUGUGACACUGUCGGAAUUGCUUACUUAGGAGGUGUGUGCAGUGCUAAGAGGAAGUGUGUGCUCGCCGAAGACAAUGGUCUCAACUUGGCCUUUACCAUCGCUCAUGAGCUGGGCCACAACUUGGGCAUGAACCACGAUGACGACCACUCGUCCUGCGCCGGCAGGUCCCACAUCAUGUCGGGAGAGUGGGUGAAAGGCCGGAACCCCAGCGACCUCUCUUGGUCCUCCUGCAGUCGAGAUGACCUUGAAAACUUCCUCAAGUCAAAAGUCAGCACCUGCCUGCUGGUCACGGACCCCAGGAGCCAGCACACGGUGCGCCUUCCGCACAAGCUGCCGGGCAUGCACUACAGCGCCAACGAGCAGUGCCAGAUCCUGUUUGGCACCAACGCCACCUUCUGCAGAAACAUGGAGCAUCUGAUGUGCGCUGGGCUGUGGUGCCUGGUAGAAGGAGAUUCGUCCUGCAAGACCAAGCUGGACCCUCCUCUGGAUGGCACCGAGUGUGGGGCAGACAAGUGGUGCCGAGCAGGGGAUUGUGUGAGCAAGACGCCCAUCCCGGAGCACGUGGACGGAGACUGGAGCCCGUGGGGCGCCUGGAGCAUGUGCAGCCGAACGUGUGGGACGGGAGCCCGCUUCCGGCAGAGGAAAUGUGACAACCCCCCCCCUGGGCCUGGAGGCACACACUGCUUGGGGGCCAGUGUGGAGCAUGCAGUCUGCGAGAACCCGCCCUGCCCCAAGGGUCUGCCCAGCUUCCGGGACCAGCAGUGCCAGGCGCAUGACCGACUGAGCAGCAAGAAGAAGGGCCUGCUGACAGCGGUGGUGGUGGAAGAUAAGCCGUGUGAACUCUACUGCUCACCCCUCGGGAAGGAGUCUCCGCUGCUGGUGGCCGACAGGGUCCUGGAUGGCACACCCUGUGGGCCCUACGAGACUGACCUCUGUGUGCACGGCAGGUGCCAGAAAAUCGGCUGUGAUGGCAUCAUCGGGUCUGCGGCCAAGGAAGACCGGUGUGGAGUCUGCAGUGGGGACGGCAAGACCUGCCGCGUGGUAAAGGGAGACUUCAGCCACUCCCGGGGGACAGGUUACAUCGAAGCUGCUAUCAUUCCUGCUGGAGCUCGGAGGAUCCGUGUGGUGGAGGAUAAACCUGCUCACAGUUUUCUGGGUAAAACAAAAAUGAUUUAA